CACACAUCCUGACUGUGUGAGCACAUUACCAAGUCAGCCAGCUGCUUCACAUAAGAGAACAGUCUCUCCCUGCCUUCUCUCUGCCUUCCUCCUGCUCAACAAGACCACUACACACCCAAUUUUGCAGGAUGAUUGAAGUCCAUGAAAGAUUGAGAUGAUGUACAACUCAAGUCUAUGAAUUCUCCCAGGAUCCCCAAAGCACUGAUGGAUCUGCCAAAUGACCCAUUAAGGGUUGCUAACAUGUGCAGUAUACAUGGAAUAGACGUUUUUUGCCCAACGCUUGACACUAAUGCAUCUGAUGGAACCUGCUUCAGAUAUAUAAAUAUGACCACUGCCAUGGAUAUGAAAAAGCCAAUUACUUCUUCAUGGUUUUCCACUAUUUUCAGCUUGAUUGGCCUGGCUUCUAAUCUAUUUGCCUUCUGUGUAUUGGUCAGUGCGUCCAGGAAGACUUGCAGUCGCUCACGUUCCUCUUUCCUUAUUUUCCUUUGUGGUUUAGUGGUUACCGACUUCAUGGGACUUUUGGUCACUGGGAUUAUUGUGGUGUCAUAUCAUAUAACGCAAUUUGACUGGCAAGUGUUUGACAAGAAUUGCCAUCUGUGCAAUUUUUUAGGACUAUCUAUGGUCUUUUAUGGGCAGUGCCCACUUCUUCUUGGUGCUGCCAUGGCAGCUGAACGUUUCUUUGGCAUAAACAAACCAUUUUCCCGUUCGGCUAAUGUGUCCAAAAAGAGAGCCUGGGGAAUCGUGGUCAUGGUAUGGUGCUUUGCUUUCUUCUUAGGACUAUUGCCCAUAAUGGGCUUUGGAAAUUAUACCCUACAGUAUCCACGAUCCUGGUGUUUCCUCACAUUAUUACAAGAUUCAAACAACAAGGCAUUUGGAUUGAUUUUUUCCCUGACUGGCAUUCUAUCCGUCUGUCUCUCCUUUAUUCUUAACACCAUCAGUGUGGUGACCCUCUGCAAAGUCUAUCAUGACCGUGAGUCUGUCCAGCGACGGAGAGACAGUGAGGUUGAAAUGAUGGUCCAGCUAGUCGGGAUCAUGGUGAUUGCCAGUGUCUGUUGGCUUCCAUUACUGAUCUUCAUAACACAGACUGUUCUGCAGCAGCCCAACGUGGGACUGGCUAACGGAGAAAUUCCUAGAGAAACAGAGAAGUUUCUUCUCAUCUAUCUCCGCGUGGCUACCUGGAAUCAGAUUCUGGAUCCCUGGGUCUACAUUCUCUUUAGAAGAGCAGUAUUAAAAAGAGUUUAUCCUAGCUUGAAAUCUCGGCCAUCAAUCGUGUCCUUGUAUCCAACUCUUACCGCUUCCUUACGUCGCAAAUACACUCAAGAAUCUGUGAUUCAUUAAACAGACUGCUGCGGCUUCUUUGUGGGGAGAAAACAAUAACCUCUAAGUUAGUUACAUACAUGCAUGUGCAAUGUGUUCUGGUUCUUGCAAAUAUUUAUAAAGUAAUAUGCUACUUAUAUGAAGGAGUUCCAGUUUGCCGCAAAAUGCCCAGCAGCUUCUUGCAGGAGCCCUGCCGCAUGUCUACAUAGUAGCUCAGGCAAAAAGGACCUUGUCUGCCUUAUAUGUGAGUCACAUGAAAUAGGUCAUGUU